UCAUGUAGGAUUUGAUAGCUUACCUGAUCAGCUGGUUAAUAAAUCAGUUAGCCAUGGUUUCUGUUUCAACAUCCUCUGUGUGGGAGAAACUGGUCUUGGGAAAUCCACGUUGAUGGAUACGCUGUUCAACACCAAGUUUGAAGGCGAACCAGCUUCUCAUUCCCAGCCAGGAGUUCAGCUGAAAUCCAGUUCUUAUGACCUGCAGGAAAGUAAUGUUCAUUUGAAGCUGACCAUUGUCAGCACGGUGGGCUUUGGCGAUCAGAUUAACAAAGAGGACAGCUAUAAACCCAUUGUGGAAUUCAUCGAUACCCAAUUUGAAGCCUAUUUGCAAGAGGAGCUGAAAAUUAAGCGGGUGCUGCAUAAUUACCAUGAUUCCAGGGUCCAUGCUUGCCUGUAUUUCAUCGCUCCCACAGGACAUUCUUUGAAAUCCCUGGAUCUGGUAACAAUGAAGAAACUGGACAGUAAGGUGAAUAUCAUUCCUAUCAUUGCCAAAUCUGACGCCAUCUCCAAGAGCGAGCUGACCAAAUUCAAAAUUAAGAUCACAAGUGAACUAGUGAGCAACGGAGUGCAAAUCUAUCAGUUCCCUACCGAUGAUGAAUCCGUGUCAGAAAUAAAUGGAACCAUGAACGCUCACUUACCAUUUGCCAUCAUUGGCAGCACAGAAGAAGUCAAGAUAGGAAAUAAAAUGAUGAAGGCACGCCAGUAUCCAUGGGGGACCGUACAGGUGGAAAAUGAAGCCCACUGUGACUUUGUGAAACUCAGAGAGAUGUUGAUCCGGGUAAACAUGGAAGAUCUUCGUGAACAAACCCACACGCGCCAUUAUGAGUUAUAUCGGCGAUGUAAACUGGAGGAAAUGGGAUUUAAGGAUACUGAUCCAGACAGCAAGCCGUUCAGUUUACAAGAAACCUACGAGGCGAAAAGGAAUGAAUUUCUGGGAGAACUGCAGAAGAAAGAGGAGGAAAUGAGGCAGAUGUUUGUCCAGAGAGUCAAAGAGAAGGAAGCGGAGCUGAAAGAGGCUGAAAAAGAGCUCCACGAGAAAUUUGAUCGCCUAAAGAAGCUGCAUCAGGAUGAGAAGAAGAAACUGGAGGACAAGAAGAAAUCCCUGGAUGAUGAAGUCAACGCCUUUAAGCAGAGGAAGACAGCUGCCGAAUUGCUUCAGUCUCAGACUCAACAGGCAGGAGGUUCACAGACACUGAAAAGGGACAAGGAGAGAAAAAAUUAAUCCCUGCUGUUUGCUGCAUGGUGCAUGCAUGGUGCAUGAAGGCACCUUGUGCUGGUAAGCUGUGACUAAACCAAGAAGCCACUGCGGUGGGAUCCACGAGUGCGCCUCGUGCAAAACCAGACACUCCCCUUCUGAAUCGUCCGACUUCUAGCAUUUCUGGCCACUCCCAGCAUAUACCUCUUCCAAUUAUGCACCUUUCUUCUUUCUUCCAGUAAGGUGAAUGCAGGCAGAAGACCCUUUAACUCCUACAUAUAUUAUUUGGACAGCUGCAAAUAUUUUUUUAAGUCCUUCUGAAAUGCACUAUAGUUGCUCCCUGCUCCCCGCCCCCAUGUCUUUUUUGUACCUGAUACUGGUUUACACAGGGCAGUAAGUAACUGAGGUUCAUAAAGGGACAUUUUUCUUUUUUUCUUUUUUUUUCAUUCAGGACAGGAUGAGGUUAAAAGCCUUUUGCUCAAUUAACAUUGUGCAAAAAUAGUGUCAUGAGCCCUUAGUUGCUGAGCUGGUUAGAUCCAACAAUAACUAAAUCUGCUACUAGUCUACAAGUGAAAAAAAAAAAGUUCCAGAUGUUUAGGAUGGAAUCUUAUUUGAAUCGCUGGAAACCUUUUACAACUGUUGAUGUGGGGGUCUGAUAUGUAAUUUAAACAAGUUCUUCUGGGGUUAAAAUACUCUUCCAGAAUAGUUUCUGUGCAGAACGAAAGACCAGCUAAGAGCAGAAAGGGGAAAAACCAACAGUUCGUCUUCAGGACAACAUCAGCAAUGUGAAAAACGGGCACAAACAAUAGCCCUGUUUAUCCUGGUCUCAGAGCAUAACCAAGGGCUGGAGAGGAACUGGAAUAAACAUUGUGGCUCCUUGUUAGCUUUGAAUUGUGGUUGGCAGAUUGCCACGUACAACACUGAAGCAUGCUAGUUGUGGCUGAAAGAAGCCUCCUUUUUUGUUCCUCAGAUUAUAGGUGGCAAACACAGAGGCAUCUGUUCAUUCCUUUGCAAAGUGCGGGGAGGUCUUUCCCAACAAUUCACAAAUGUUUCCAGGAUUGAUUUGGGCUGGGAAAUCUCGCAUGGCUUGAUAUUUUCCUGCAUCCAACUAAGCGACCAGCUGCAAUCUGCUGGCAACCGAAGUGUUGCAAACAUAUUGCUGUAUAAUUCAAGCAUGUGUAAGCAAAAUCAGAAACUAAUAUUUUUUUCCCUUCCUCUUCUAAUUUAGAGACCAGGGAUGGGCAAAUAGAGGUCCAAAGGCAUCACGGGAAUGCCGGAAUUCGGUUGAAUUCUGUUCGUAUGCCAGCAUUAUAAGAGCUUACGUUUUAAGCAUCCCCUUCUAAAAUUGCUAUGUGGUUUAUAAGCUGAAUGGCUCAAGAAUCUUAAAAGACAGAUAAAUAUUGCUUCCAGUUCAUUGCGGUCAUUCUUUUUCCUUUAAGGCUGUUCUUAAACCUGAAAGUCAGGUUUUUUGGUAAACGAUUUAUAUUUUGCUCCAGAAUAGGAAGAUCACGGUUGAUGCAUGUGCCCGUUUUCAGUUGAUCAGCAACUGCCAUAAAACAUGAACCUUUGAAUGUAAUAUAUAAACAAUGGACUUUGUGUCUCAUACCAUGUUUCCUAGUGUGACAUUUGAUUGAAAAUACGUUGCCCAUCCCUGGUACAAACCAUAUGUAUCUUACAAUUAAUUGAGAGAAACAUUAAUCCUUUUUUGUUGUUUGUUUUCAGUUCAGGCUUCCUGUAGACCUUACUCUUUUGCUCCAGAAAAGACCAUCCCACAUUUUGAAUUAAUAUACAGUCCACCCCUAUACCUUUUCUUCCUAGUGCAUCUUCUUGUUCUGUUCUGCAUUUUUUCCUGUUUUGUUCCAUUUUCCUGAAUGCAAAAAGAGGCUGUACUCCUUUGACUGUUUUGGCGAAGAACUCGGCAAUGCUUUCUUGGAUCUGAUGAGUCAGACUCCAAAUACUGGUCUGUUUUUAUCCCGUUGACCAGCAAUCUUUUCAGGACUGAUGUCCCCGAAAUGUUCAGCAUCAGCAUUUCAUUAAUGCAAUGCCUGUGCACGUGUGGGUGUGUUUGUGCACAUGUGAAUGGCCAGAGGCUGCAUGUCUGCUUAACAGCUGCACUGGGACAGCUAAACUCUUUCGAGAAGGGAGAGAAAAGAAAGUUGAGCAUAAAAAGUUCUUUUUUUCCUUUUUCCUUUGCUUUUUGGAAGAGCUUUAUAGGAGAUUUUUAAGGAGGUUUUUGUUGUUUUUCCCUGUAUCUUGACUGUUACAAAGCUCAACCCAACCGAUGAGUGCAAAAAUAGGAAUUUGAAGAUGUAACCAGAGCUGUUCACAUUUCCCAUCCCUAUCCGGGGAGGCUGAAUAUUGAAUCUUGGACCUUCUAUGUACAAGCAGGAGUUUUACCAUUGAAUUCAACCUGGCUAGAAUCUAUAGCUUUGAAUUCAGUGGGCUUUGCUUCCAUGUUAAUUUUGCAACAUUGUCCCCUUUAGUACUUCAUUCUGCAGGGAUAGAUAAGCAUCCGGUCAUUUUGUACAAAAAUAAUCUGUUAUUUCUCAGUUUAAAAAUAUGAAGUCUUAUCUGAAAAAAUAGACUUUUUUCUACCCCAAAGCUGGAGAGGGAUAAAGAAUUCUAAGGCAUCCUUCAUUUCUAUUCAGAUUUGAUUAGUUUUAAUCAUGGAAAGCUUGAUUUAAGAGCAAGCAACUUUGGGCAGUCUCACAAAGUGACAUUUUCCGUGUUGUAUGGGAGAAGCUGUGAUAUAUAUACAUAUAAAAAUAAAAUAAAAACUCUUGGUUAUCCAGAAGGAGCAAGUAAAUUACUUAGCACUCACUUCUCCCUCCUGGACAUUCUCCCUUUGAAUGGACUUCAACUCCAGAUGUUUCCCAUGAAUGUUCCUGUGACCGUUGCUGAGAAUUUGAGGAGCUGAAGUUUUACGUUUGUAGGGUCCCCAGAUUGAGGAAAGUUGCUUUAGAGUUAGUAACCCCCAAUUCUUGGCCACCAAGAGUUGCAUCAUUUGUUAUAUCUGUGUUUGGCCUUGACCUGUGCUCUUCACAGAGUACAGUUCUGAAAUUCAGGGCAUCUAAAAAGUAUGGGCCCAUUUUUGUUGAAAAAUCUUGGUACUGGGAAAUGCCCUUGAUAGAAAUGGGCACGAGUUUUUCUACCAGAAAGCCAAGAGUGACUGUUGGCAUCUUCCAGGCCCCAUCCAAACAAUUCUAUCUAGCUCCCAACAGUUACCCUUGAUUUCAACUGAAGUAUAGCUUAAAAGAGAAAGUUCCAUGUUUUUACUAGCAAGGAACCGGAUAUUGCCUCUACAAAUGUGCGCGAGGGAAGUGCAUUUCCCACUUAAAUGUUUUUCCUGUCUUUGAAUUUGAUAUCCUGUUCCCACAUUUGUUCCUGAGUACAUGUCUUCUGUAAUUGUAAAAUUUUUCCUACUUGGUGGGCCUAGUUAUAACGGUGAUGGACAGGCCACCCAUGACCAACCAUUGGCCCAUUCCAUGGAGAGAAAUUGUCCCCAGCCCCCAAUGCAGAAAUAGCCAUCCCUGUGCCAAACAGCCAACUUGAUUAAUAGCUUAGAGCACGGUUCCUCAACCUUGGCGACUUGAAGAUGUGUGGACUUCAACUCCCAGAA